AUUAUUAAAGAAAAUUAAAUUUAAAAUUAUCUGAAAAUUUUGAAAAAUAAACAUGAAAAUACCACAGAUAAUUUCAAGAAACGUUAUUGAAGCCUACAGAUGUUCAAAUGAGACGAAAUUACUUCCCAUUGAGAUAAAUCGUAGUAUACAAUCUGAUAAUGAAAAUUGGGAUGAAAAUAUUGUCCCAGAAUUACGUAAAAUUUCACUAAAUAUAUUAGCUGAAAAUUGGAUAAUAAAUCCAGUAUUAGAUGAGCUUGAAAAUAGUGCUGAUAGAGAUGAAUUAUUGGAAUUAUUAUCAACAAAUAUUCCACUUGAUAUAAUCAUCAAAAAAAUUCCAGACGAGUGUUACUGGUCAAGAGCAGCCAAGGCCAGAUGGCAAUAUAAUAAUCCAGGUGAGCAUGGAAAUUCAUGGCGUCGUCUUUAUUGUGAACGUCAUCUUGCUGAAUUCAUAGAAAAAAUGGAUAAUGAUGACUAUCAUAAAAAUGAAUGUGACAAGUUGAUUGAUCUUGUUGCACCAUAUAUUAAAAUUCUAAAUAUACGUUCAUUAAUUCCAUUCAUAUAUCCUGUCAAGGUUUUCCAUCAAGAUGAUGAUGAUAUAAAUUUAACACCUGAAUUAAUGACUGUUCAUCAUGUUCAAUUUGAAAAUAUAUUAAUUAAAUUACCAGAACUUUGUGAAAUACAUAUUAAUUUUGGAGUUAUAUACAUGAAUGAUGGAUUUGAAUGGCGUGAUUUUGAAUUUUCUGUUGAAGAUUGUCUGAGUCUUGGUAAAGGUAUAAAAAAUUCAUUGAAGUUGGUGAAGAUAACAAUAACUCGAUCAAAUCUUGAUCAACCUCGUGUUGCUGCUCUUCUUCAUGGAGUUGUUGUCAAUAAUCAUAUUCAGGUGUUGGAUUUAUCACAUUGUAAACUUGGUGAUACUGGUGCUCAUGCUAUUGGUGAAUUUUUGAGAAUUCAUAAACGUAUUAAAGAAUUACAUCUGGUUAAUAAUGGAAUUGGUCCAAAUGGAUUAGCUGGUAUUGUUCAUGGAUUACUACAGGAUUCAUCAGCACCAUUAAAAUACUUAAAUUUACGAUUAAAUCCACUUCGGGAUGAAGGAGGUGUUCAUAUUUGUGCUUUACUUUUACGAAUUUCAAGUCUUGAAAAAUUAAAUGUCAGUGGGUGUUGUUUUAAUACAGAAACUGGAUUGGGUCUUGCUGAAGUUUUAUCAUCUGGUUUUAUGAAAAUUUUAUAUUUAAGUUUAAAUUUAUCUAAUAAUGAUUUAGGUCAUAUUGCUGGUGAAGCAUUUAAUAUUGCAAUAAAAAAUUGUAAAAAAAUCGUUGAAUUGGAUAUGAGAAUGUGCAAUUUUAAAAAAGAGUCUGAGUUCUUGAUCAGUAAAAAUAUUACAAGAAAUAAAGAAGAAAUGAGUAGAAAAAAAGGAAGGUCAGAAUAUGAAAGAAGACGAAGUAGUGCUUUUAUUCCUUUACGUGCUAAAAGUCUACUGCCACCAGCAGGUUUUGAGGAUGUACAAAAACCUCAACAACCAACAAUUGGUGUACAUUUUUUAAAUGACAAUCUAAAUGUUCAUUUUGACGAUGAUAAUUCAAGUACAAUUACAUUUUAAACAAUACAUUUUCAGCUAUGAAAAAAAUACUAAAUAAAAAGGUAAAAAAAAAAUAAAA